AUGGUUUCCUUGAAGCCUGAGCAAUACACGGUGGGCUGGAUUGCCGCUCUUCCAGAUGAGAUAACAGCAGCACUCGAGCUGCUCGACGAAGAACACGACACACCCACAGACUGGACACAGCCACCCAGAGACAUCAACAAGUACUAUUUUGGUCGAAUCAGCAGGCUUAAUAUCAUCCUUGCAUGCCUUCCCCUCGGCGGCAUUGGCACAAACAAUGCCGCGGUCGUUGCCACGACAAUGAUCAGUACUUUCCCACAGGUCCGCUUCGGGCUCAUGGUAGGCAUCGGUGCAGGGGUGCCUGAGCUGCCCAACAGAGACAUUCGCCUUGGCGAUGUCGUCGUCAGUAAGCCUGGGGAUGACAAUGGCGGCGUUGUCCAGUGGGAUAAGCGCAAGGCACACGGCGACGGCACGUCCAAGAGCAUCGGCACGCUCGCCAAGCCUCCGAUGGUGCUGCUUGCUGCCGCCUCUGGACUGGACAGCAAGCAGACCAGGAGGAAGACCAAGAUUGCUGAGAUGGUCCACGGUAUCAACCAAGCCAUACGGGAGGAAGAGAAUUACCAGUACCAGGGCCCCGAAAACGACAAACUGUUCGACGACCGGACAGAACGGGAAGUAUCCCGCGGCCCCGCCAAGCAGGACCGUGCGAAGGGCCCGAGGAUCUUCUUCGGUACUAUAGCCUCCGGUAACACGGUGGUCAAGAACGGGAAGACGAGGGCCGAGAUUAUCGAGCUGGUUGGCAAGGAUACCAUGUGCAUUGAGAUGGAAGCGGCCGGCCUGAUGGACAGCUUCCCGUGCAUCGUCAUCCGUGGCAUUUGCGACUACGCGGACUCGCACAAGAACGACAAGUGGCAGAGAUAUGCAGCACUCACCGCGGCUGCCACCGCCAAGGAACUACUCUUGGACAUGAAUGCAGGAGAAGUAGAGCGCACCAAAACAGCUUCUGAUGCUGUGGAGAACAGCGAGGCCGCCCCUCCACCAUAUCAGCCUCCCGUCCCCACGAAACCUGGUCUCGGAGACUCGAGCGGACAAGCCAACAGCGAUGAGCUUGCUAAGUUGAUGGCACGUCUUGAUCGUGCCGAAGCCGAGAUUCGCAACCAGCAGAAUCUGCAGGGUCGCAUCAAGGUCAAUGAGGACAAGAUUGGUGACCUUCAAGAGCAGAUCGCGCGUCUUUCCACCAACAAACCUGGUAACACGAACAAUGGCAACGGCGACCUGCAGAAGCGCCUUGAGAGGGCUGAACUUGAGUUGAAGAAGUUGAAGAAGAGGGUCGAACAGAUGGAGGCUGAUGAUUGCAGUUCUGGGGGCUGCUGCUAG